AUGGCUUCUCCAGAGGUCCACCAUCUCUUCCACCACCCUAUCGCCGACCACUCCUUUUCUGCCGACAAGCAAACCUUGGCUGUUGCGAGAGACACCAGCGUGGAGCUUUACGGCCGAACAGGCAGCGGUUUCAAACUGAAGGAUGAGCUUAAAGGGCAUGACAAGACUGUCACCAGCGUGGAUAUUGCAUUAAACAGCGGGAGGAUUGUAACCUGUUCGCAAGAUCGAAAUGCUUUGGUCUGGGAACCAUCGCCAACAGGAUACAAACCAACCCUAGUUCUUCUACGCAUCAAUCGAGCAGCAACUUUCGUGCGUUGGUCGCCUUCGGAAACGAAAUUUGCCGUGGGAUCUGGCGCUAGAGUUAUUGCGAUCUGCUACUUCGAGGAAGAGAACGACUGGUGGGUAUCGAAGCACAUCAAGAAACCCAUCCGAAGCACUAUCACAACGGUGGCAUGGCAUCCUAAUUCCGUGCUGUUAGCCGCCGGGUCCACUGAUGCCCACGCAAGGGUAUUCUCGAGCUUUAUCAAAGGCGUGGAUGCUAGACCAGAACCGGGUGUGUGGGGAGAACGUCUGCCAUUCAACACUGUUUGUGGGGAGUAUCUCAAUAACUCAUCAGGCUGGGUGCAUGCAGUUUCGUUCUCCCCAAGCGGCGAUGCUCUUGCUUUUGCUGCCCAUGACAGUAGCAUCACCGUGGUCUAUCCUAAUGGAGCGGACCAACCUCCAAGGGCCGUGAUCAGUGUUAAUACCCAGUUGCUACCAUUCAUGAGUCUUAUCUGGAAUGGUGAGAGCGAGAUUAUUGCCGCUGGUUAUGACUGUGAAGCCUACCGUUUCAAAGGUGGUGAAGGUGGCUGGCAGCUUACUGGCUCAUUGGAAUCAAAGGGACGACCGGGACUUGGGGAUGCACGGGAAGAAUCAGCAUUCAACAUGUUCAAACAGAUGGAUCUAAAAGGGAAGACCAAGGAUGACACCCAAUUAAAGACCGUCCAUCAGAAUACAAUUAAUACGAUUCGUAUAUAUGAAGGCUCCGGCGGCACCGUUAGGAAGUUCAGCUCGAGUGGCGUGGAUGGAAGAAUCGUCAUCUGGAAUGCAUAA